AUGGAAGAAGCUAAUUCGGUUAAUAGUCCAAGACGAGUUCUAAGCUUCUCCGAGAAAAAUAAACAGAAGCCCUGUUUUCAAGAUUCAGGCAGCGUACAAGUGCAUGGAUCUAAACCAUCUGAGGUGUAUGGCUUUGUAGGGUCAAUAUCCACUGUUGUUGCCACAGUGAUCUUUUUGAUAUGGGCAUAUGUAUCAGAUAAACUGUUGGAGUCUAUUGGGAUCCAUUACUACCCAAGCAGGUAUUGGCUAUUGGCUCUGCCCACGUAUCUUAUUGUGGCUUUGGUGUUAGCUUUGGCGUUUUACAUUGGUCUCAACUUCACCACCACUCCACACCCUACCUCUCUCAAUACCUUGUUUGGUGAGUACGUUUGCAUAGUUCAUAGUACACUGUGGUAUGAGUACAGUCGAGAACCCGGGGAGUUUGAUACUCAGGUGGAGGAAGGGGAUGAGAGGCCUAUAGAUCCAAUCUCUGACAUUGAUCUUACAAGAAUCAAUCUUCUUAUGUUCAGUUCAAGUGAUGAUAUAUGCGUUCCAGUUCUUUAG